CCAGGGGGUGUUCGCGGGCGAGGGCGGGACCAGGCCCGUCCGCCAUUUUGUGAGUCUAUGUAACACGUAGCCGUUGGGUCCGCUCCUGCUCGUCCGGCGCCUGCUCACCGCUUUUUCCCUUCGGGUUGCCUUCGUGGGCCAUGGACGGCAUUGUCCAAGAUAUAACAGUUGGUACAAAGCGGGGAUCUGACGAACUUUUCUCUACUUGUGUCACUAACGGACCCUUUAUCAUGAGCAGCAACUCUCCUUCUGCAGCCAAUGGGAAUGACAGCAAGAAGUUCAAGGGCGACACCCGGAGCGCCGGCGUGCCGUCACGCGUGAUCCACAUCCGCAAGCUUCCCGGCGACGUCACGGAGGCCGAAGUCAUCUCUUUAGGGCUCCCCUUCGGCAAAGUCACCAAUCUCCUGAUGCUGAAAGGGAAGAACCAGGCUUUUAUAGAGAUGAACACGGAGGAGGCGGCCAACACCAUGGUGAACUACUACACCACCAUCACGCCCGUCCUCCGGAGCCAAGCCAUCUACAUCCAGUUCUCCAACCACAAGGAGCUCAAGACGGACAACUCUCCCAACCAGGCGCGGGCUCAGGCCGCCCUCCAAGCGGUGAAUUCGGUCCAGUCUGGGAACCUGGCGCUGUCCGCUUCCGCUGCGGCCGUGGACGCCGGCAUGGCCAUGGCCGGACAGAGCCCCGUCCUGAGAAUCAUUGUGGAAAACCUCUUCUACCCGGUCACCUUGGAUGUCCUGCAUCAGAUUUUCUCCAAGUUUGGCACCGUGCUGAAAAUCAUCACUUUCACCAAGAACAACCAGUUCCAAGCCCUCCUGCAGUACGCCGACCCCAUGAGCGCCCAGCAUGCCAAGCUGUCUCUGGACGGGCAGAACAUCUACAACGCCUGCUGCACCCUCCGCAUCGACUUCUCCAAGCUCACCAGCCUCAAUGUCAAGUACAACAAUGACAAGAGCCGGGACUAUACUCGGCCGGACCUGCCUUCGGGAGACAACCAGCCUUCCCUCGACCAGACCAUGGCCGCUGCCUUUGGUGCACCAGGGAUCAUUUCAGCCUCGCCUUACACCGGGGCCGGCUUCCCCCCUGCGUUCGCCAUCCCUCAAGCCGCAGGCCUCUCAGUCCCCAAUGUCCACGGGGCGCUGGCUCCUUUGGCCAUCCCGUCCGCUGCCGCUGCCGCAGCUGCCGCGGGGCGGAUUGCCCUUCCCGGCCUCGCCGGGCCGGGGAACUCCGUCCUGCUGGUUAGCAAUCUGAACCCGGAGAGAGUUACGCCCCAAUGCCUCUUUAUUCUUUUCGGAGUCUAUGGUGAUGUGCAGAGAGUGAAGAUCUUGUUCAACAAGAAGGAGAACGCCUUGGUUCAGAUGGCAGAUGGCAACCAAGCCCAGCUGGCCAUGAGCCACCUCAACGGGCAGAAGCUGCACGGGAAGCCCAUCCGGAUCACGCUCUCCAAGCACCAGACGGUGCAGCUGCCCCGCGAAGGGCAGGAGGACCAGGGCCUGACCAAGGAUUACGGCAACUCCCCCCUCCACCGCUUCAAGAAGCCCGGCUCAAAGAACUUCCAGAACAUUUUCCCCCCGUCGGCCACCCUCCACCUCUCCAACAUCCCGCCUUCGAUCAUCGAAGACGACAUCAAGCUGCUGUUCUCAAGCAACGGAGGCAUGGUGAAAGGCUUCAAGUUCUUCCAGAGAGACCGCAAGAUGGCGCUGAUCCAGAUGGGCUCCGUCGAGGAAGCCAUCCAGUCCCUCAUCGACCUCCACAACCACGACCUCGGCGAGAGCCACCACUUGCGCGUCUCCUUUUCCAAGUCUACCAUUUAAGCGCCUUUUUAAAAGAAAAGCAACAACGCGGCGGCGGCGGUGACAACGUGACUGUUAAAACAACGCAUCGCAAACGUCCGCCGCCGCUGUUGCCGCCCUUCUUCAAGGGUCCGGCUUCUUGAUUAUUACUAUUUUUUGUUUUUAUUUUUCAAAGGGCUGGCCCACUGAUGCGGGGCGAGACCAACUUCCAUCAUUCCAGGGGAGGGGAGGGGAAGCCACUUUAAAUAAGAAACAAAAACAAACGAAUGCAGCAGAAGUGACCUUAGAAAGACGACAGAUGUUUUAUUUUUUUAAUAGAGGAGAGCAGUUGACUAGGGCUUUUUUUCAGAUGUGUCCGAAUCUUUUUGACCAAGGAAGCAAACUAAAUCCAUUACGCUGGAGGGGAAAGAGUUGAUGUUUUUGUUGGGGAGCCAAGGCGCAAAGAUGGCUCCCAUUCGAGAGCGUAUUAUUGCCUUUGCCCUUGGAAGGCUCCCCACUUUAAGUUGUCUGAUGCUUUGUCGGCAUCUGUUCUCAAUUUUGUCCUAAACGCCACUCAGCCUUGGGAAAGAAAAGGCCUUCUUUUCCUCAGCCUAUGCGCCUAUGUGUCCACUAACCUCGUGGUGCCUUAGAGAAAUUACAAUUCCUCACUCGGGUCGUUAGAAAAGUUAUAAUCUGCAGGACGUUAUGGGUCGGAAAGGGGAGACGAGCAGUCAUUUCAUUUGCGUCCCAUGACAUCGUCCCCAUUGUACUUGAUCACAAUACUUCAUCGGGUUAAGCAUUUCGCCGUCAGACAAAAAUUGCAAACAGUCCAUGAUGGUGCAAAAUAAGAGACGACGAGCAGCUUUUUCCAUCUCCCGCUCCAUUUGUGUCCCUUGACAUCGUCCCCAUUGUACUUGAUCAAAAUACUUCAUCGGGUUCAAGCAUUUCGCCGUCAGACAAAAAUUGCAAACAGUCCAUGAUGGUGCAAAAUAGAGGCGUCGAGCACCCUUUUCUGUCUCCCAGUCCAUUUGCGUCCCAUGACAUCGUCCCUAUUGUACUUGAUCAAAGUACUUGAUGGGGUUCAAGCAUUUUGCCAUGAGAUGAAAUUUUGCAAUCACGGUCCAUGACGGCACAAAACGGAGGUGGCGAGCUGCUUUUUCCGUCUCCCACUCCAUUUGUGUCCCUUGACAUCGUCCCUGUUGUACUUUAAGUACUUGAUCGAGUUCAAGCAUUUUGCCAUCAGACGAAAUUUUGCAAACACAGUCCAUGACAGCGCAAAUCGGAGGUGGUGAGUGGCUUUUUCCGUCUCCCACUCCAUUUGCAUCCCAUGACGUCGUCCUUGUUGCACUUGAUCAAAGUACUUGAUCGGGUUCACGCAUUUCACCGUCAGACGAAAUUUUGCAAAAAUGGUCCAUGAUGGCGCAAAAUAGAGGCGACGAGCAGCUUUUUCCGUCUCCUGCAUCAUUUGCGACCCAUGACAUCAUCCCCAUUGCGGCUUUAGCUUAGCUUCCUGGCAGGGUGAAAAUACAAUUCAGGUUCAAGCCGUCGGGCGAAAUUUUGCGCAAAUGGAGGCCCGAAUGUAAGUAUCAUCCGACCCGAGCGUCUCAGAAACGACCCAUUUUGAGCCUUAAGGUGCCUUGUUGUUACCUCCGUCACCGAAACCAGCAUCUGUCUUAAUCAUAGCAGCCUUCAAAUCCUCAUUAUGCGGAUCGGGAACGACCCAUUUUGAGCCUUAAGGUGCCUUGGUUACCUCUCACCGAAACCAGCAUCUCUCCUAAACUAUAGCAGCCUUCGUAUCCUCGUUAUAAAUCCCCUUUUUAUAUAAUUUACUCCUUUCUUCUUUCAUUUGUUUGGUCUGUCCUUUGCCUUAGCUGUAUUCCCAGUUGACCAAAUAUCCGAAUGGGGUUCGUCAAGGUAUUUAUAAAUAUAUAUGUAUAUGCAAAAAGGCAAUAGCGUUAAUGUUUGUUAUAGAUAAGAUGGUAUAAAAUAUAUCGAAACUUUAGUCUUCUAUUACUUUUUUAUCCUGUACUUUUGUAAUUCAUACGCUGGCAAAAAAAGCCCUUUUUAGUUGUUAUCGAGAGGAGCAUGUACACGUUCCACGUGAGGCGGCCGAAGUGCUUUGCUUCCAACGAAAGGGAUCUGACUUUACAAAUAAAGGGGAGCGGGGUCAUCUUUAAUAAUCCAGCAUUAUUUUAAGAAACCUUUGUUUACCUUUUUCCUCCCCGAUCGGUGCCUAUGUCACCAUUCCAUCGAGGCCUUCCAACUUUCCCAUUCCAACCCGCUUUGUAUAUUCCGAUGUUGCCUUACCGGACCGGCUUGUUUCCCUCUUUAUUUCAUUCAUGUCAAGAUUUAAAAAAAAAAACAGAAUGUUGUAGUUCAUAUCAGGGUUUUCAGAUUGUGGACCAAAGCCGUUGUUUGUUUUUGAGUUAUUACUAUUUUUUUUCUCAUUGUAUGUGGUGUUGUCUCGUGUCGCUCCCGGUUGUCGUUCCGCAGCUCGCUUUUCUCACUUGAGGUUAUGAUUAUUCUUUUUUCGAAGUCUUAAAUUCCUUUUGGGGAAAGUCCUCCCGUUUCCAAUUGGGGGACGCAAUCUAUGCUGGAGGAGUGUGUGGACCGCUUGAACAAUGGAAGGACUUUUGGUUUGGUUGGCCGGGCCGUACCACAGAUAGAACCUCGCUGUUGGCUAUCACCAUCUUGUCGCCGUUCUCCACGAAUAUAUUCCUUAAGGCAGGCAUGGGCAAACUAUUUUGCCUUAGGGCUGCGUUGUGGGCCUGGGUGGGAGAAGACCUGGGAGAGGGAGGGACCAGGAGGACGUGGUGUAGGGCCCGGGGCAUCCUCAGGUUGUCCUCCUGGCGUAAGGACAGGGAUGCUCGCACCGUCCUUAUUCUGGGAGAAGAGUGAGACAGGCGACAUCUGAGAGCACUCCGGAGUGCUCUCAACCGCUGCAUGUUUUCCACAAGCCGUCCUCCUGGCAUAAGUACAGGGUUGCUCAUACCUUCCUUAUGCUGGGAGGAAGGUGAGACACGCAGUGGCUGAGAGCACUCCGGAGGGCUCUCAAUUGUUGCAUGCCUUCCUCAAGCCAUCCUCCCAACAUAAGUACAGGAUUGCUCGUACCUUCAUUAUGCUGGGAGGAAGGCAGACACGCCGUGGCUGAGAGCACUCCGAAGGGCUCUCAACCGCUACUUGCCUUCCACGAGCCGUCCUCCUGGCAUAAGUACAGGGUUGCUUUCAACUACCUUAUGCCGGGAGGAAGGUGAGACACGCAGUAGCUGAGAGCACUCCGAAGGACUUGUCUUCCACAAGCCAUCCUCCCGACAUAAGUACAGGAUUGCUCGUACCUUCCUUAUGCUAGGAGGAAGGUGAGACAUGCAGUGGCUGAGAGCACUCCGGGGCGCUCUCAACCGCUGCAUGCCUUCCUCAAGCCGUUCUCCUAGCGUAAGUACAGGAUUGCUCGUACCUUCCUUAUGCCGGGAGGAAGGUGAGACAGGCAGUAGCUGAGAGCACUCCGGGGGGCUCUCAUCCGCUGUGUGCCUUCCAUGAGGCACACAGUGCAGAGUUGCUCUCACCUACCUUAUCCCGGGAGGAAGAUGAGACAUGCAGUGGCUGAGAGCACUCUGAAGGGCUCUCAAGCGCUGCUUGCCUUCCACGAGCCAUCUUCCCGACAUAAGUACAGGAUUGCUUGUACCUUCCUUAUGCUAGUAGGAAGGUGAGACACGCAGUGGCUGAGAGCACUCCGGGGUGCUCUCAACCGCUGCAUGCCUUCCUCAAGCCGUUCUCCCGGCAUAAGUACACCCCAUUUUUGCACCAGGAGGAGGGCGAGACAUGCAACAGUUGCCCUGAUCCUCUGGAAUACUCUUCCCUCAAUCUUCGAGUUGUCCUCAGCAUGAUGCCGGGAGGAGGGUGAGACAGGCAACAUCUGAGAGCACUCCGGGGGGCUCUCGUCUACUGUAUGCCUUCCUCAAGCCGUGCUCCUGACAUAAGUACAGGGCCGCUCGCACUGUCCUUAUGCCAGGAGGACGGCGCGACAUGCAACAGUUGCCCCACUCCUCCUCUUCGAUCCUCCUCCAUCAAUCUUCUAACUGUCCUCUCAACAUAUCGGGAGGAGGAUGAGACAGGCGACAUCUGAGAGCACUCCAGAGGGCUCUCAUCCACUGUGUGCCUUCCUCAAGCCGUCCUCCCAGCAUAAGUACAGGGCUGCUUGCACCGUCCUUAUGCCGGGAGGAGAGCAAGACAUGUGACUGUUGCCCCAAGCCGCCUCCCCAAUACUCCUCUCUUGAUCUUCAAGCUGUUCUCUCAGCAUUAUGCCAGGAGGAGGGCAAAAUAGGCAACGUCUUUGAGCACUCUGAAGGGCUCUCAACCACUGUGUGCCUUCCUCAAGCCAUCCUUGCACUGUCUUUAUGCUGGGAGGAAGGCAAGACAUGCAGUGGCUGAGAGCACUCCGGAGGGCUCUCAACCACUCUGUGCCUUCCUCAAGUCGUCCUCCCGGCAUAAGUACACUGUCGUACUCUUCUUAUGUCGGGAGGAGGGCGAGAUGUGAUGAUUGUCCCAAUACUCCUCCCUCUAUCUUCGGGCUAUCUCAACAUUGUACCGGGAGGAGGGCGAAACAGGUGACGUCUGAGAGCACUUUUGGGGGCUCCCAUCGUGUGUCCUCCUGGCAUUAAUACACACCGUCCUUAUGCAGAGGAGGGUGGGACGUGACGAGUGUCCCGAUCCACCUCCCAAAUAUUCCUCCCUCUAUCUUUGGGCUGUCCUCUCAACAUUAUACCGGGAGGAGGGCGAAACAAGGGACCUCUGAGAGCACUUUUGGGGGCUCCCAUCCGUUGUGUGUCCUCCUGGCAUAAAUACACCAUCCUUAUGCAGAGGAGGGUGGGAUGUGACGAGUGUCCCAAUCCACCUCCCAAAUAUUCCUCCCUCUAUCUUAGGGCUGUCCUCUCAACAUUAUACCAGGAGGAGGACGAAACAAGGGACCUCUGAGAGCACUCUGGGGGGCUCCCAUCCGUUGUGUGUCCUCCUGGCAUAAAUACACCAUCCUUAUGCAGAGGAGGGUGGGAUGUGACGAGUGUCCCGAUCCACCUCCCAAAUAUUCCUCCCUCUAUCUUCGGGCUGUCCUCUCAACAUUAUACCGGGAGGAGGACGAAACAAGGGACCUCUGAGAGCACUCUGGGGGGCUCCCAUCCGUUGUGUGUCCUCCUGGCAUAAAUACACCAUCCUUAUGCAGAGGAGGGUGGGAUGUGACGAGUGUCCCGAUCCACCUCCCAAAUAUUCCUCCCUCUAUCUUAGGGCUGUCCUCUCAACAUUAUACCAGGAGGAGGACGAAACAAGGGACCUCUGAGAGCACUCUGGGGGGCUCCCAUCCGUUGUGUGUCCUCCUGGCAUAAAUACACCAUCCUUAUGCAGAGGAGGGUGGGAUGUGACGAGUGUCCCGAUCCACCUCCCAAAUAUUCCUCCCUCUAUCUUCGGGCUGUCCUCUCAACAUUAUACCGGGAGGAGGGCGAAACAAGCGACCUCUGAGAGCACUUUUGGGGGCUCCCAUCCGUUGUGUGUCCUCCUGGCAUAAAUACACCAUCCUUAUGCAGAGGAGGGUGGGACGUGACGAUUGUCCCGAUCCGCCUCCCUUGAUCUUCGAGCUGUCCUCAGCAUUAUGCCGGGAGGAGGAUGAGGCAGGCAACGCCUGAGAGCUCUCCGGAGGGCUCUCAACUGCUGCAUGCGUUCGAGCCGUUCUCCCGGCAUAAGUACAGGGCUGCUCGCACUGUCCUUAUGCCAGGAGGAGGAUGAGACAUGCGGUGGCUGAGAGCGCUCCAGAGGGCUCUCGGCUGCUGUGUGCCUUCCUUCCCUGUCCUUUCUGCUUAAGGAUGUGACGGGCAUUCUUAUGCCAAGACGACAGGGAAAAUGGGUGCCACAUCCGACCCCAGGGCCUUAGUUUGUCCAUGCCUGCCUUAUGGGGUACGAGGAGGAUGGGAAGGGGCUACCCAGGACCCUCUUUGCAUUUUGCGAGGUGAUGUGAAACUAACCCAAGUCCCUCCCGGGUCACCGCACAUUCCAGUCUUAACGGAACCUGCGUUAGAAUGGUCUUAAUUUUGACAUUUUGCUAUUAGGACAAUGGACUCACUCUUAACCCCGUUUGCGGCGGUAUCGGAGUGGCGUUCCCCCGUCCCCCUUUCUUUUGGAUCCUGUGUUUUCUUUUCCUUUACUUUUUUUGGCAUGUAAAUGUAAGUAACGAGAAGAAGAAAAAGGUGUAAAUAUUUAUACUUUUUUAUACCUGUUGUAAGACACGAGGAGGGCGCCACCCGCCCGCCCGUCCGCAUUUUUACGGAGAAACAGAUGUAUAUUUUGAUAACCAGCGAUUUCCAGGUUCAGUAUUGUGGAAGGGGGCGGGCCACGCGCAACAGCAAGUCCCCAUUGCCUGGUUUGAAAAGACAAAAAAAAACAUGUAUCGCAAAAAAAAAAUAAUAUUUGAAAUUAAAACUAUUUUAUAACAGACUGUAGUAAUCUUUUUCCGUAGCCUUUUAGCGAUUGGCUUGUUUUAAGUUUGUAGAAAUCGGCCCUCAACGGCCGGCCUGUACUUCUUUUUAUUUUGCCUUUCAAUAAAUGUCUUCUGUAUUCUUUG